AUGGAACAAGACGCGGCAAAGAGAGCAAAGACAGAGACGGAGAUGGUGGUUGAUAACAACGAUUUCCUCGUCAUCUCCGAUGAUGCCAAUCAUCCAGCCAACCUCAUUCCCUCGCUGUGCGCAAAGUUCUGGACACUGGGCUGGGUCACUGGUACCGGCGGAGGAUGUUCGAUCCGCGAUGAGGUCCGCGAUCUGGUUUAUAUUGCGCCGUCGGGAGUGCAAAAGGAGCUCAUGAAGCCUCUGGACCUGUACGUCCUAGAGCUCUCCAAGCAGGUUGACCUCAAGAACCGCGUCUACCUGCGCUCGCCCCCGGGCGGCCGUCCGUCGCAGUGCACGCCGCUCUUCCUGGCUGCCUUUACCAAGCGCGGGGCGGGAUGCUGCAUCCACACGCACUCGCACUGGGCCGUGCUGGUGACCUUGAUCCUCGAGUCGCAAGGGCCCGGCAACGACAAGAUGUUUGAAAUCAACAACAUUGAGCAGAUCAAGGGCUUUGGGCGGGGCUUCCAAAAGUCGGGCAACCUAGACUACCACGAUACUCUGCGCAUUCCCGUGAUUGAAAAUACUUCCCACGAGGAGGACCUGACCGAGUUCCUCGAGGAGGCCAUGGAUAAGUACCCCGACACAUAUGCCGUUCUCGUUCGCAGACAUGGUGUCUACGUCUGGGGAGACAAUGUCCACAAGGCCAAGACCAUGUGUGAGAGUCUCGACUACCUGUUCCAAUUGGCAGUAGAGAUGAAGCAACUCGGCCUGCCAUGGAUCAGCAACGUGGAAAAGGUCAUAACCUCCUCGGGACGAUGA